AGUAGUCUUAGUGAAUGAUACCGAGUGACGAGUCAUCAUGAGUAACGCGCCAUAUAUGAUCGUGGUGAGCCCACCUGACUCGGUAGUCGAGUUGUAGCCCUUUAGUAUCUGAUCGAAUUUUUGUCUGUCUUUUCCUGCUAUCGUAUCUCCUAGCGAGCAAGUAGCCGUUGAGCGGUGUCUUCGUAAUCAUACGUUUCAUUUUAAUAAACAAGCGAAGCUUGUUGCCAUUCUCUAGUUAUUAAGUCCUUCGUUAUACCAGAGCCGUCAGAAUAAUCAAAAGCAGAGAUGUUAUUUCUUGCUUGUCCUAUUCUGUUCGCUGCAGUCGCCAAUGCACUCCCAUCUCGGAAAAUAUCAAGGCAGGAUACAGUUGACGUUGGAGGAUUCAAGAUCAAUGCGGCGAACAGAAUAAUUCCCGUCGUCGUUGGCGGAACACAAGAUACUUUCGUACCAAACAUGGUAACAGCGGCAGUUGGCGACAUUAUACAAUUCCAGUUCAGUAACGGCAACCAUACUGUGACGCAGAGCGCUCAGGAUACGCCUUGCCAACCGCUCCAGGCUACCGUCGCGACCGCUAUCCACAGCGGGCAUAUUCCAUUCCAAGAUGGCCAGACGACAGUCGGCACAUUCAAUAUGCCCGUCACUAACACCGAUACCAUGUUCUUGUAUUGCGCGACGGGUCCACAUUGUCAACUGGGACAAGUCAUGGUCGUCAAUCCGUAAGUCGACUUACCUUGUCCACAGACCAUCUAGCUAA